ACAUAUAUAUUUUAGAAAAUAGUUAACAUUUUCAUUUAUAUUUAUUUUUGUACAAUUAAUAUUUUUAUCGUGUAAUUUCUAGUGAUUUAUGAUUUUAUGGAUUUAUCGAUACUAUCUUAGUUUAUAUGAUUGAUUUAGAUUUUAAUGGGUGAAUUUCAUAAUAAUAUAAAUAGUCUUUUUCCUUAGUAAAAUUAAAUUUAGAUUAUUGACAAAAACUUAUAAUUUGUACUUUGAAUUAUAUUUAACAAGACUAUUAAAUCAUUUAGAUUACUGGGAAAAGUUUAUUUUACAGUACCAAAGAUUGAUUAGUGUUGUUUUCAUAUAGAAAAAGGGCUAUUAAUGUUACUUCUUACAAGUUAUUAUAUAUACUAAUCCAAUUAUGUCCAAAAUUGUUUUCAAAUUCUUAAGACACACUAAUACUUCAAUAUUAGUCGAAAUCCUCCUAUCGAAUGAUGCUUAAUCAGACCAUGGUUUUCCUAAUUCUCGGUAUGAUCAUACCAAUCGCAGUCGAAACUUUUCCGGGAAAGAGAAAACUUUCCGAUCUCCAUGAACAGGAAAUAAAACUACGGUUAAAACAACUCAACAAACCGGCCAUUAAAUCCAUCCAUAGUCCAGAUGGAGAUAUAAUUGAUUGUGUAUGGAUCUACGACCAACCAGCUUUUGAUCAUCCUUUAUUCAAAAACCACACCAUUCAGAUGAGGCCAAAAAGUAAUUCGAUAAGGGACAAAACAGGAGGUAAUAAGACAUACAUUAUACACCAAUUGUGGCGAACAAAAGGUGAAUGUCCUGAGAACACUAUUCCCAUCAGAAGAACAACCAGAGAUGAUCUUAUAAGAUCGGGUUCCAUCAAAAACUAUGGAAGAAAGAGUCCACCACCAACUAUUUAUCACACUGACGGCGUUCAGACCGAGGAAGUUCAUGAGCAUACGUGUGUGUACGUGGACUAUGGUCAGUUCCAUGGCAGCAAGAGUCGUAUAAGUAUAUGGAAACCAAAUGUUCUAAGGACGAGAGAGUUUAGUUUAGCUCAAACAUGGGUCGUCAAUGGAGAUUGGGACACUGGUUUGAACACUUUGGAGUCUGGUUGGCAGAUCUUGCAUGCUUUGUAUGGUGACAAGAACCCAAGACUUUUCGCCUAUUGGACGGGCGAUACAUACCAAGAAACAGGAUGUUACAAUCUUGACUGUCCAGGCUUUGUUCAAGUAAGCAGACACAUCUCCCUCGGUGCAGCUUUUAACGCUUUCUCAACUUACAACGGUGAACAAUACGACUUCCUUCUAACUAUUGAGAAGGAUCAAGAAACUGGACUUUGGUGGUUGAAGUUUGAGACAUACCUAAUAGGGUACUGGCCAAGCUUUAUAGUCCCCAAGCUAGCAGUGUCGGCACGAAAGAUCGUAUGGGGAGGAGAGAUUGUAUAUUACACUAGAGGCCAAGGGACACACACGCUUACGCAAAUGGGGAGUGGCCAUUUUGCAGAGAAAGGGUUUAGGAAGGCGGCUUAUUUCAAUAGCUUAGAGUACAUUGAUACAUCUAACUACCCGAUCACACCCUCUCCACAACAUCUUGAAGCUACUGUGACUCGUCCUGAAUGCUAUAACCUUAUGGUUGGCUCUAGCCAGAGGUGGGGAACUUACUUUUUCUAUGGUGGACCAGGUCGCAAUCCUCAGUGUCCAUGAACCUAGAUUAAACCAAAACUAAAAUAUUUUAUAUAAAUGUAAUAUAUAUAAAAUAAAUUUGCUAGUCU